CAGCGCUCUCUGGGGGGGCCGCCCGCCAGUGCGCGCCGUCCUCAGGUGCACGGGCCGGACGCCUCUCCGCUGCCCGGAUACCUUGGGCUUCCACCUAUCCAGCCUCCCUUGGCCGAACUGCUGGGGAGCCCGGCGUCAGGGGGCGCCAAGGAGACAGGGGGAAAACCGUAAGGUGCUGGUGUGAGCCUCCAGGUGGUGCUACCCCCCACCUCCCACCUCCCUGCGCCCCGCCCCGAGGUCGGGGUUUUGGAGGAUGCGGCCGGGAAAAACAUUAACUUUUGGGCUACAUCCAGAAUAGCAUCAUCUACAAGGGCAUUCCCUCCUCCUACAAUUUCAGAAAACUUUUGAUAACUAAUUGAGAAAAUGCAGAAGAUCUUGCAGACAGAUGAUAUUACCAAUAUCCAAGCUCUUAGAAAAGGAAAGAGGAAAAGGACAGAGACAAUGGACUCAGAAAAUGCAAAUAGUGACAUGGAUAAAGGACAGAGAGACCCAUAUUCGGGAAAUGCCUUCCUGCCUGGUGAGAGCUCCAGUGAGGAUGAAGAGCCUUUAGCAGAAUUGUCGAAGGAGGAAUUGUGCACCAAAAUAAAAAGCCUAAAAGAAAAACUAACGAACAUCAGGAAAGAAAACAGCCGACUUCGACAGUCUUUGGUCAUGCUUCAAGUGUUACCACAGGCAGUCACCCAGUUUGAAGAAUUGGUUGGUAUGGCAGAGGCCCUGCUUAAGGGUGGAGGAACCAUGUCUACAUCUGCGUCCACCCUCUGGAGAGCAACAAACAACUCCUCACCAGAUUCAUUUGCUUCAACAUGCAGUAAUUCCAAUUCUAAUUCCAGUUCACCAGCUUCCUUGAAGGCUGAGGAAGAGCAUCAUACUGAUGAGAAACAGUUCAAGAUUGAAAAAUGGCAGAUUGCCCGUUGCAAUAAGAGCAAGCCUCAGAAAUUCAUUAAUGAUUUAAUGCAAGUUCUUUACACAAAUGAGUAUAUGGCUACACACAGCCUGACUGGGGCAAAAUCCUCUACUUCAAGGGACAAAGCCGUAAAACCAGCUAUGAAUCAGAACGAAGUUCAAGAAAUCAUAGGAGUAACAAAACAGUUAUUUCCCAGUACCGAUGAUGUUUCAGUUAGAAGAAUGAUAGGGCAAAAGCUAAACAACUGUACUAAGAAGCCAAAUUUAAGCAAAAAUCUUAAUGCUCAGGAUAUCAAGUAGAUCCUUUUGGUAUUAUAGGUAUAUGAAACAAAGCACCUUCAGUUCCAAAUCUAACAUUGGAUUUUGUUGGAGAAUCUGCAGCCUCCCUGGCAGUGAGCACAGAGAGAUAUAUGCAGUGACAGGCCCUAAGACAUCUGUAACAUUGCUGGGCUCUCCUGACGGAGCAAUAAGCUUGCUGAAGAAGUUGCAUGUUGAUUCCACCCUGAAUACCAGUGAUGCAUCAAACCAGAGAAUUCCUCCCAGUUAAAUAAGCAUGCAAUAUAGUUUCUUUGGAAAUAAGCAUUUCUCUAUCCCCAAAUACUUAUCUGUACAGCUAACUUAACAGGAUAGUCAGAGCUCUUAUCAUAGAACAAAAACUUCAACCCCUAAGGCCAGUCAUUGUCCUGAACAAUUAUUGUACAUUUAUUUUUACCAAUGACUCCCCGCUAUGGUUUUCGGAUCUGUAGCACAAGCACAUGUUUGGAAAAGUAAACAGUGAAAUAAUCAAUGCUUACAAAUAUGAGAGCAGCAAAGUCAGCCUGAAAUCUGAUAAUUAUGUCUAACCAAGUAAUAAUGUUUUAGCAAUAAAAUUAUGGGACUAUUCUGUUAUCUGAAAAUGUAAAAAAUAGGAAUAUGAAAAAAGUUUAGAGCAACAAGACCUUUUUGUUUUCAUCUUAAACUCUUCUACCACAACUUGAAAAGCAGAUAAAUCCAAGUUUUUGUGCUUGUUAAAACAAUACAUCAACUUUCAGAAUAAUCUUUUUGUUUGUUUGUUUACCAGACAUACUUCUAACUUUUUAUUGCCCAAAGUAUACUAAACACAGAUAUGUAAUAUAAAACAUUAGUAUCACUUAAAACAUCCUAUAUAACAUCAUAUGUAUUUGGUCGAUUAUACUGCAACACUGCUUAGUUUUAACUGAGUUAUUUUCAUUGCAGCAGAAGAAAAGCGAAUUGAAAAAAUUAUUAGUUUGACAAUCACACAAAAAGAUAAAUAUCAUUUUGUAAAUAAAUAAAGAGGCUUCUUCAUCAAUAGGCUUCUUGCUUGAUGUCAGGUUGAAACACAUGACCAUUCUGCAGUGGCAAGCCAUGCUCCUACAGUGCACAAGGUCAUGUUAAGCUUGGAAAAGAGGAUGCUACAAUAGUUGCAAAGUUCAGUAUUGUGGACCCAGGGAACAUUCCAUAAGUAUGGCUCGAUAACAAUGUGGUUGUACAAAUAACUU